AUUUAAGCGCGCCCUCCGGAAAGUGGGAGGCGGGUACUUUGGCGUUUCCAUGACAACCUAGGAUGGCGGCACCGGGCUCUUGGCGGCAGCCCGGCAGAAGCGCUCGCGGGGGCCCCGAGGCUUGACGCGCCCCCGUGGGGGAUGCCCCCCCAAGAUGCUGCAGACCAGCAACUACAGCCUGGUGCUGUCCCUGCAGCUGCUGCUGCUGCUCUACGACCUGCUGGUGAACGCCUUCUCCGAGCUGCUGCGCGCCACCCCCGUGAUGCAGCUGGUGCUCUUCAUCAUCCAAGACAUCUGUAUCCUCUUCAACAUCAUCAUCAUCUUCCUCAUGUUCUUCAACACCUUCGUGUUCCAGGCUGGGCUGAUUAGCCUCCUUCUCCGAAAGUUCAAAGGGACCAUCAUCCUAACGGCCAUCUACCUGGCGCUCAGCAUUCCCCUCCACGUCUGGGUCCUGAACCUGCGCUGGAAAAGCUCCAAGCCAUUUAUCUGGACGGACGGCCUUCAGACCCUGUUUGUGUUCCAAAGACUGGCUGCCGUUCUGUAUUGCUACUUCUACAAGAGGACAGCCAUUCACCUGGGGGACCCUCGGUUCUACCAGGAUUCUCUGUGGCUGCGCAAGGAGUUCACCCAAGUCCGAAACUGACCCGGCAGUCAGGAGCCGCACCCGCCCCCCCCCCCAACCCUAUCCUUCCCCCC